AUGAUCGACAAGCAUCAUGAACUUGACUACUCGCGCUCACUGGCUCGCGAAAGGUCUCUAGAGGUCAUCAACACGUCUCAGAAUGUACAGGAUGAUAUUAAUGAGUACACAAAGAAUGUUCACUCGCCGGUAAACAAGGACCAACAUCAUGAUCAUAACGGCUCGAGGAGGGAUUCGUCCCCUCAUGACUCCGGUGUGGAAGUAGACGAGCUGGAUUGUAGAGGCCCUCCUCUAGCCAGUGUCUACUGCAGCGCUGAGCACGCCAAGAACUUGAAACUAGAGAACCAGAAACAUCAGCCGCUGCCUGACACUAUUGAGGACAGCUUGUACAGGUCACUGCAGCUGAAGCAAACAAAGCACCCUGGCAUGGGCCUAAAUGUCCAGCCUCGAGCCGCAGCUGUGGGGGUCAAAGGUUACGGGGCACCAGCUCCAACACAGUGUAGCAAACUUAAAGUGUACAGACCAAAAACUGCUGGCAACAUCCACCGGAGGGAGUCUCGCGAUGAGCAGGUCCGUCCAAAAACAUCUCAGCCGAAGCGGAAAGAGCACAUGUCAGAAAUAGAGCUAGCUUUGUGUUGGGACUUUAAACCUGUCCACCCUUCUGAUGAACCGAAGCGCUCGCCACACAUUGACGGAAGCAACGGAAGUGCUGCACCAGCUGUGUUUGCUCUGGUUCAUCAACCUCCGACACCUCACGAAGAUAUGAGAACCCCAAGACCUUCGACAGGAGACGGUAAAAUGGAGAAGAGACAUUCAGUUGACAGUUUAAAGACGAUAUCUAGAGAAAGCGCAGACAGGGCGAGAUCUCGACCAAAGACAGCUUGGGGUGAUGAGGUAAAAGCGAAGCAACUACAAGACAAACUAAAGAGACUACAAGAGCGGUCAAAUCCAUCAGCAGUAAUGGAUAUAAUCAACAACAACACAAAAGAAAACAAUAAUCCGAAUAUCGUACUCGGCACAAGGAAAACAUCAUCCGGGUCCGAUCACAUGAGAAGAAAAAGUUUGAGCGGUCAACAAUCUUUGAAAUCAUCAGAUAUCGAUUCGCAUAAGAUGUCUAAACAGAAACACUAUCAAAGUUCACCCAACCUAGCCAACAUCGGAGUACAAACCAACGGCGACAGUAAAAGUAAAAAUAGACUGCUGAACAACCGACCCUGUAUGGCAUGUGAUACUAAAACUUCUCCCUCCGAAUCAGUCAAAGACGAGAAAAGGUCAAAAUCUGAGUACAAAAUGGCUUUCAAAGCGGGCAAACCGAACAACGGUAGUGGGAACAGUAGCAUGAAUAACAGUCAAGAUUUAAGCAGCACUUCUUCCAGAGCGCAAUCUUCAAAACCUGUCCACGUUCCGAAGAUGAAACUUCCCUAUGCCAAGAAGAGUUACUCCAUCGGGACUCUGGCACCUCCGUUUUCUCUGUGGCCCGGGACGACGGGCCAAGAUUACCCUGAACACUGGAGACUGGCCUCAGUUUAUCAACAUUCCUUCAAACCUGUCGAACUGCGGAGAAAACCGUUACUUCAGAGUGUGUAUCAGUAGUCAUUGGAUAAUUUUAAGUCCAAGUUAGAGGUGUGCAAGCAGCUUGACUUUCAAGCCUAGCCUAGCCUACAAUCACGAGAGA